AUGGCAUGGCUCCUAGAGAGAUCCCUCUACCCACUGCUGCUACCCUCUGGCAAUGUGAAUCUGGACACUAUGGAUCGUCUGCUCAGCAAGGGAGGAGUGCCUACAGACCUGGUGGAGGUCUACACAACAGUUCCUCAUCCGAGAGUAGAGGAAAACCUCAGAUCUGUCUUGGAACAAUCCAUCCCUCACUACAUAGUGUACUUCAGUCCGUCUGGUGUCCACACUUCCUACCCCAUACUGAAAGAGGCUGUUGAUGUAGAAAAAACUAAGUGGAUAUCUAUUGGACCCACAACAGGGGCAGCUAUUGAAUCUUACGGAAUAAAAGUGUCUGCUUCGGCUGCUAAACCAACACCCGAGUGCUUGGCAGCUGCUAUUGCCAGCAGUUCAUAAUAUAUGUAAAAGAACUUAUGGUAUAGCAGAAAAUUGUAAGCAUUUAUUUCUCUGCCCAUUGUUGAUUGAUCUGCCCAUUUAUUUACAGAAUUGAGACAAUGCCUCUAGUAACAGGUAGAGCUAUUUGAUAUU